AUGGCCAGCCCAACAAAUGCCUGGUCAUUAUCCAAAAAUUCGACAGCUUGUCCCAUUGAUAACUGUGUGGGCAAUGCGGGCACUUCGAUCUGUGCUACACAUUUUGGAAUCGAGCUUGAAUCUGUUCUAGCUUUUAAAAAAGAUCCGUUGGAAUCUACCAUAUCAGAAUACAAUCUGGACACAAACAUCAUUAAAACGCCUGCAGAUUACGAACAUCGCUCUCUUUUGGAACUCGAUGAGAUCACUACAAAUCCUUCCUAUGACUGCCGAUGGAGGAGCCCGUCAUGGGCACUCCACGUACCUGAGACGGACAUAGUGUGCCAAUCGAAACUGCAUAAGAGCUGUUCUUCUACAAGUUAUAUAGUGGAAAGCAAUGGGUGA